CUCUCUCUCUCUCUCUCUCUCUCUCUCUCUCUCCCGCCUCCCGCGCACGUGCACUACACUGAAACCGAACGUUGCACAAGCAAGACCGUUGCUUCUCAUAGACAAAAACAGCAGGUGUCACUGUCCCAUUUUCAUGGAUGAAAUCCAAAUGGAUCUUCCACAAACUCAGAUCCCACUCUCCCGCUUGGGCUUCCCGUUUUCUCUCUCCCUUCAGAACCCAAACCCGCCAGAACCCAGUUUCGGAAAUCUCAAUAUUUGUCCUCGAUCACUCAGACAUAAGCUUACUCUUAUACAUUUGUGGAAAAGAAUGUCUCCUGCAUUUGGGUUCUUCCAUCCAUGCCUCGAUCAUCAAGAACUUUGAAUUUUUCGACCCCGAGAACCGGGUUAAUAUCCGGAGCGCCCUAGUUGUUUGGAAUUCCCUCCUGUCUAUGUACUCGAAAUCCGGAGAGUUGUCAAAUGCAGUUAAACUGUUUAGUUAUAUGCCUAUGAAAGAUACCGUUUCAUGGAAUACAAUUGUUUCUGGGUUUUUAAGAAAUGGGGAGUUUGAUACUGGGUUUGGGUUAUUCAAAAGAAUGUGCGAAUCUGGUUUUUAUCAAUUUGAUAAAGCUACUUUGACUACUAUUUUAUCAGCUUGUGAUGGACCUGAGUUUUGUUAUGUAAGUAAAAUGAUGCAUGGUCUAGUAAUUUCAAGUGGCUACUUGCAGGAAAUUGCAGUGGGGAAUGCUUUGAUAACGACUUAUUAUAAAUGUGGGUGUUUUAGCUCCGGAAGGCAGGUUUUUGAUGAAAUGCUUGAAAGGAAUGUUAUUACUUGGACGGCCGUAAUCUCAGGCCUUGCACAGAAUGGGUUCCAUGAAGAAAGUUUGAAUCUUUUCGUAGAGAUGCGUUGUGGUUCAGUUGAUCCUAAUUCUUUGACAUACUUGAGCUCCCUUAUGGCAUGUUCAGGUUUGCAGGCACUAAAGGAAGGGCUUCAAAUUCAUGGGCUCCUUUGGAAAUUGGGAAUUCAAUCAGAAUUUUGCAUUGAGAGUGCUCUAAUGGACAUGUAUUCAAAGUGUGGUAGUGUAAAAGAUGCAUGGAAGAUCUUUGAGUCUACAACAGAAUUUGAUGAGGUUGCCUUGACUGUUAUCCUCGUGGGUUUUGCCCAAAAUGGAUUUGAGGAAGAGGCUAUACAAAUUUUCACUAAAAUUGUGAAGGCAGGAAUUGAGGUUGACCCUGACAUGGUUUCAGCUGUUCUUGGGGCAUUUGGAGUUGAUACUUCAUUAGGUUUUGGUACGCAAAUUCACUCUUUAGCUAUCAAAAAGAACUUCAGUUGUAAUAUUUUUGUCAGUAAUGGGCUUAUAAACAUGUAUUCUAAGUGCGGAGAUCUGGAGGAUUCGGUAAAGGUCUUCACUCAAAUGCCUAAAAGGAACUCUGUCUCAUGGAACUCCUUAAUCGCAGCUUUUGCCCGUCAUGGGGAUGGCUCCAAAGCACUACAAAUGUAUGAACAUAUGAGGUUGGAAGGCAUACAGCCAACAGACGUGACAUUUCUGUCUUUGCUCCAUGCUUGCAGCCAUGUUGGCUUAGUUCAAAGGGGCAUGCAGUUGUUGGAAUCCAUGGCUAAAGAUCAUGGGUUGAGUCCAAGAUCGGAACACUAUGCUUGUGUUGUUGACAUGUUGGGUCGAGCAGGACUUCUGAAUGAAGCUAGAAAGUUUAUUGAGGGAUUACCUGAGAAUCCUGGUUUAGACAUUUGGCAAGCAUUGCUUGGUGCUUGUAGCAUUCAAGGAGAUUCAGAGAUGGGAAAAUAUGCUGCUGAUCAGUUGCUUUUGGCAGCACCUGAAAGCUCAGCACCAUACAUUGUAUUGGCCAAUAUAUAUUCUUCUGAAGGCAGGUGGAAAGAGAGAGCCAGGACUAUUAAGAGAAUGAAGGAUAUGGGGGUGGCAAAAGAAACAGGUAUAAGUUGGAUCGAGAUCGAAAAUAAAACCCACAGCUUUGUUGUCGGGGGCAGAAUGCAUCCUCAAGCUGAGAACAUAUAUGGGCUUUUGACAGAGUUAUUUAGACACUUGACAGACGAAGGAUAUGUUCCAGAUAAGAGGUUUAUUCUAUUUUACAUGGAUCAGGAUGGGUGAUAAGCAUUGGCCUAAUCUGUUCUACACUCAAAUAAUAUGGACAGGGCAUUGAAGUUUCAACAAGAGGGGAUGUAUACAGUUAUGGUAUCAUGCUGCUAGAGAUGAUGAC